AUCGUUGUCUAUAAAUUAUUUAUGACACUUGUUUGCAUGAUUGUUUGCGUAAAAUUCAGGAAUUAUUUAAUAAAUUUGUCAAUUGUAAGUUAGUGGGGAAACUAAGAUUUAGUACAUCAAUCAUUUCUUAAAAUGUAUUGCAGUUAAUUUUGCUGAAAAUAAAAAUAUAGUUUUAAUCCCUUUACGUCUUAAUUAUUUGUGCGUGUGUGUGGAUAUAUUUUAGUUGGUUGUCCUUUUUUAUUUUUACACAAUAGAUGGUCCGCACAACGAAAAAUGUUGGAAUCUGGAUCUGGUGCUUGAAAAUCUACGCAUAAUUUAAGGAUAAAAACAACUGCCCCACGGAGAAUCUAAAUGUACCAAAUGAAUAAGAUUGGACUCAUCAAAACAUCAGGAUGGCAGAUUUCAGAAAGGCGAAACUGCUCUACGUCUUCAACGUUUUCUUCGACGUCAACAAGAGCGGAACAAUCGAGAAGAAAGACUUCGAGCUGGCCAUCGAGAAAAUCUGCCGGACGCGUGGCUGGGCUGACACUGACCCCAAAUCUACACAAACCAAAGAUGUGCUGCUGCGUGUGUGGGAGGGCCUGAGAGCAAAGGCUGAUACCGACAAGGACCAGCAGGUGAGCCAAGAUGAAUGGAUUCGCAUGUGGGAUGAUUUCAAGAAAAACCCCGAGUCUGUACUUGAGUGGCAAAACCUGUACAAAGACUUCAUCUUUGACCACGUUGAUUCCUCUGGUGAUGGCACUAUUGACCUGGAAGAGUUCACCACUGUGUUCACAGGCUACGGGCUUUCUGCCGAGGAAUGUGGUCAAGCCUACGAUAAGUUCACUUCCAACAAAACCGUUGAAGUGGACCGUCCCGUUUUCGCCAAGCUGUGGCAAGAAUUCUUCACUUCUGAAGAUCCUAAUGCCCCUGGCAACUUCAUCUUUGGCAAGACCAGUUUCCAAUAACCACUCUGCCCUCAACAAGCCAAUGACAUAGCACGGUUAUCUCCACUAUAGGAUGACAUGGGCAGAUGCCAGAGUCUUUGAAAAGUCAGAGAAAUACAAAAACAGCCAUGACCCAGAAAAAUAAUGUUGUCCGCUCAGUUCUUUAUUUUUAUAUAUUAUCAAACAUAAAGAUAUGAUAAACUUUCCAUCAUAAUUUUGAUAUAUCGCCAUCUAAUGACAUUAUACUAGUAAUUGGGGUGAUACAUCAUAAGGAACAACAUGCAUCUAAUUUUUUGCUUGCAUGGGGCAAGGGUUAAUAGAAUAAAUAAAAUGGUGGAGGAACACCUACAAAGGGAAACCUAAGAGACAACAGAGAUAUUUGGCUCUCUGUGAAGACGGUUAUGGUGUGUUACGCUCGUUCAUGUCCCUAUGAAUCUAUCACUCGAUCAUGUGUUCAUACCACCUCAUUUGUUCUCAUGAUUCCUUGUCCCGCUGCCAUCAUGCGUUCACCUGCAAAUGGUUUUGGACCUCUAUUUUCCUUCUUUAGUGAACUUCCGAUCAUUUACAUUCAUUUUUCACUUUGCACUGCCAAUGCUCUUUUACAAAAAAAGGUGGUUAUAUACAGUAUUUAUUGUUAAUUUGUUGAGAGAUGCUACAAAUGAAAUAAUAUAUGUAAUUAUUCUACUAUACAAAGAAUAUAUUGCUGUAUAUCCCAAUGUCUCGCAUUAACAUUAAGGAUUCACAGUAAAAUUUUGUUACUGAUAAAAAGUAGGGCCUCAAGAGAAAUCAGCUAUUUCUCUAGCUCACUGUGGCAAAUUCACACGGCAUUUUUAUUGAACGGGAGAGAGGGAAUAAAAAACAGCAAAAAUCAACUGCUACACCGCCUUCAGUCAGAAGACUGUGGCAUCUCUUGGCAGAAAACACAGUGUAUAUUGCAAUACAAAUGAAACAUACAUAUUCUGCAUAAUAUACAUAUAUUCUAUGAUAUUUGUAACUGUGAACUGAAUUCCUUGUAUGAAAAUAAAUAAACAAAAGAAGGAAAUGUUUUAAAAUUACUGUGUACGUCACUUUACCACUAGAACAUGAGGAGCUAGACUGUUUCAUUUUGGCCUCAGGAAUUUCAGAAUAUGCUGAGAAUCUCAAAUUUCGUUUAUUGAUCAUUGAAAUCAAUAAUAAAGUAUUUUCUUUCUAAAAAAUGCAUUUCGUUGGACUCUAAUGACAUAAAAGUGGAUGUUUUGCUCAUGUAUGUAUUAAAUGCUUAUCUCUAAUACGCGUGUAUUCAUCCAUGUUUUGUGGUUCCUUGAUAGGUACCGAAAAAUUGGUUUCGGCUAAAUAUCCAUCUGGGAGUUUUUUUUUUUUCCUGAAACAAGUAUUCCUGAAUCGAUCUGGUCUGACUGGAGGCUCUGGAAAUUUGAUAGCUUUGGAGCCUUCCUAAGAAAUCCUGGGACAUUUUCAUCAAAUUUUCUCAAAAACUGUCCGAAAUAAUUUCUUUGAAUUUCUUAGUUGAAUAGAAUAAAAUAUACAUUUAAAUUUGGUAUAACAUAGGUUCGAUUUUUACGUUUUUUUCCACUUAUUUUUUUGUAAAUUUCAAAAACUGAAAUUUGUUGCAGCCUGUUAUACAAUUACAUUAUUGAAGAUGGAUUUUGUUUCUAAACGAAAUGUAUUACUUAAUUUUUAGUUAAUCUCGUAUACAUUAUUUCGACAAUCGUUUGCGCAAUUUUAUGUGUAAUCAGGAGAAUUUUAAAAACAAUAUAUUGUCAAAAACGUCUCCAAUUUUGUCUUUAAACUUUUUGUACCAUUGGAAAAUUUGCAUUUAAUCACACGAGAAAAACUUUUUAAUGAAAAAUUUUCAGUCUUUAAAACGAACACAUAAGUAGUACAUUUGUAAUGAAUCUCACGACAUUAAAGGGUUCAUUAUAGAUGUGUUUCUUUGUUUAACAAGUUUGUUAACACAGCAGCUUCAAAAGAUCUCUAAUGAUGUUUUUUUUAUGCCAGAACAGCACACUCAUGAGCUUUACUCGAAUACUGUAAAGGGG